AUGGGGGGGCUACGCAUACUCAUCACACAGACAUUCUUACCUCUUCUUCUACUCGUAGUGGGAGGAGCAGAGGUUCUCGCUCGUAGUGCACCAUCACAAACAAAGGUUCAAUUCAGACCAGUGCGGGACCUUAGUAGUCAUCCCAUUUCUGUGGCAAAAUACACAACUAAUCCAGCUCUCGUUGCAGAUAAUGAACUUUACAAACGCCAAGCAGACGGUGCCUCUACGACAGAGGGUACCACCACCACCACCCCUCCUCCUCCACCCUCUACGACCCUGGAAACUGGGACCACUGCUGUCCCUGCUUCGGAAUCUAGUACUCCUGCCCCCUCUUCUGAACCACCCCCGGGAACUAAAAUUGGAACCGUAGUUGCAAAUGCGAAAGCAGAAGAGGGCACAGCGGCUGCAAAUGCGGCUUCAACCAGAGGAGGAAAUGUUAUCAGUAACGCUGUAAAUGGGACCGUGCAAUUUCUAAUGCACUCACGAAUGGGGGUGGGGAUUCUCAGGUCUCUAGCGAACGCGAAAACGUACGGAAGUGGGGGUGCGACCAGUAAUUCCAUUUCUACUGGUUCGGGAUCUGCAUCUGGAAAUGCAGAGUCGUACGGAACGGGCGCAUCCAAAGCUACGGCGGUCACGAAAGGCGAAGGGACCGCGGCCACAAAUGCGCUAAGCACAGGUGGCGGCAAUGCGACCGCUGCAAGUAUCGCGAGUGGGACCGGUAGUGCAAUUAGUAAAGGAGAAGCAUUGUUGGGCGGAAGCGCAGCAGCCUCAUCGAUCGCGAAACAUGGAGGGAACGCAAUAUCAGACUCAAAGGCCAUCGGCGGUGGAGACGCCACCAGUAACUCGAUUGCAACCGGGGGUGGAAACGCCUUGAGCAACAGUGUCACCGACUCUGGGAACGCGUACGCCAAUAGUGUUGCAGGUGGCGAUGGAAAUGGAACAGCAACUCCGAUCGAGCCUGGCUCUUCGAUCAUUAGUCACAAUGGGAAGAGCGACUUUUCGAACGCACUCCUGAUGGGAGGCAUGAACAUGUUCGGAGGAAUGGGCAUGUUUGGGAAGAAGAGAAGGAAACGAAGUCCGCCGGGUGACAAAAGCUACGGUGUUAGAAGAAGGUCCAGACGGAGGUCUUCUACGACUAGCAUUAACUUUAGCAGGAAGAAGCGAAAGGGUAUCGACGCCAUUUUGCAGGACAGUGACGAAGCCCCCGUUAGAGCUAGACCUGCUCCUUCCCCUCCUCCUCCUCCUCCAUCUAAUCGAAUGUCGUCACCCCUUUCCUUUGGGUUUGGUGGUGGUAUGGGGAUGGGGAUGGGUAUGGGUAUGUCCGGGGGUGGUAGUGGAUCAUCAUCUAUGAAACAAUCCUCAUCCUCUAAAAUGGCAGAAAGCAGCUCUGCCUCUAGCUCAAUGCAAAAGAGUUCCAUGAUGAGUGGUGGCAGUAGUACGAGCGGAUCUGGAUCGAUGUCAUCUUUCGGAGGAAUGUCGAGUGGUUUUGGGGGAUCAUCGUCAUCAUCGGGAAGUAGUAGUAAAUUAUCGACAAGUAGUGGAUUUGGGGCUGGAUUAUCGGGAUCAGGAUUCGGCGCAAGCAGUGGUGCAGUGAAGUCGAAAAGCAAGGGUCUGGACAUUAUUCUGCAGGACAGUGAUGAAGCCCCUGUUAGAGCUAGACCUCCUCCCCCUCCGCCUCCCCCAUCCUUCGCUGGACCUGCACCCCCUCCGCCUCCCCCGUCCUUCGCUGGACCUGCACCCCCUCCGCCUCCCCCGUCCUUCGCUGAACCUGCACCCCCUCCGCCUCCCCCGUCCUUCGCUGGACCUGCACCCCCUCCGCCUCCCCCGUCCUUCGCUGGACCUGCACCCCCUCCGCCUCCCCCGUCCUUCGCUGAACCUGCACCCCCUCCGCCUCCCCCGUCCUUCGCUGGACCUGCACCCCCUCCGCCUCCCCCAUCCUUCGCUGGACCUGCUCCCCCUCCAGCUCCACCGUCCUUCGCUGGACCUGCUCCCCCUCCAGCUCCACCGUCCUUCGCUGGAUCUGGACAAUCCUCCAGUGGUGAGUCUAGUCAACAAGGGGGAUGGUCAUCUCAGCAAUCAUCAUCCACGACUACAAUGACAGAACAGACAGAACAGACUUCCAGCACAAUGCAGGAAAGUUCUAUUACGACCGGAUACAUGGGUGGCAGUGCUUCGUCGGGACAAUCAUUGUCUGGAUCUUCUGGGGAAAAUAGCGGUCCUCCGCUGCCAAAUCAGGCCGAUCCUGGAUCACCCCCUCCUGCCGUACAGCAGGUGUAUGAACCACCACCCCCUCCACCUGGAUGGGGUGCAUCGCCAAUGGUGGCUGCAGAUCAUGGUCCUCCGCCGCCAACUUAUGAAGCUGCUGAAGGACCACCCCCACCAACCUAUCAAGCUGCGGAAGGACCACCCCCACCAACCUAUCAAGCUGCCGAAGGACCACCCCCACCAACGAUGCAACAGGAUUUCCAAGCACCACCCUCUCCCAUCCAACAGGCCCCACCUCCGGCAUAUCUUGAUCAAUCUAGCGUUAUGGCAGCCCAUGCAACUAGGCCUAAAAGCAAAGGUUUAGAUGCCAUACUUAAUGACAGCGACGAAGCUCCCGUGAGACCUAGACCAGUAGCUUCACAACCACCACCUGGAUGGGGCGCAUCGCCAAUGGUGGCUGCAGAUCAUGGUCCACCCCCACCAACUUAUCAAGCUGCUGAAGGACCACCCCCACCAACUUAUCAAGCUGCUGAAGGACCACCACCACCACCACAGAAUUUCCAAGCACCACCUUCUCCCGUCCAACAGGCCCCACCUCCAGCAUAUCUUGAUCAAUCUAGCGUUAUGGCUGCCCAUGCAACUAGACCAAAAAGCAAGGGAUUGGAUAUUAUUCUCAACGACAGCGAUGAAGCUCCUGUAAGACCUCGUCCAGCCCCGCCACCACCUCCAGGCUGGAGUCCAACUCCUGUUGAACAACCUCCACCCUCUGUUGAACAACCUCCACAAUGGAGUCCUGCCCCCGAACCCCCAGCUCCAGCGCCACAGUGGAGUCCCGCUCCCGAACCCCCAGCGCCACAGUGGAGUCCCGCUCCCGAACCUGAACCUCCAGCUCCCGCGCCACAGUGGAGUCCCGCUCCCGAACCCCCAGCGCCACAGUGGAGUCCCGCUCCCGAACCUGAACCUCCAGCUCCCGCGCCACAGUGGAGUCCCGCUCCCGAACCUGAACCUCCAGCUCCCGCGCCACAGUGGAGUCCCGCUCCCGAACCUGAACCUCCAGCUCCCGCGCCACAGUGGAGUCCCGCUCCCGAACCUGAACCUCCAGCUCCCGCGCCACAGUGGAGUCCCGCUCCCGAACCCCCAGCGCCACAGUGGAGUCCCGCUCCCGAACCUGAACCUCCAGCUCCCGCGCCACAGUGGAGUCCCGCUCCCGAACCCCCAGCUCCCGCGCCACAAUGGAGUCCCGCUCCCGAACCUGAACCUCCAGCUCCCGCGCCACAGUGGAGUCCCGCUCCCGAACCCCCAGCUCCAGCGCCGCAAUGGGGUUCCGGUGGUGGAGGUGGUCCUGGUUCAGAGGAACAGCCAUCACAGCCUCCCCCCGCAGAACAACCCCAACCUGCUGCCCCUCCUAGUCCACCUGGAUGUCCGGGGAAAAAAGGUGGGGACGCCAAGGCUAAUGCACAGUCAGAGACUGGAGUUGCCGCGGCCAACGCUAUCACAAAAUCUGGAGGCAAUGCUAUCGCGAACGCGGUAAACGGGACUAAAGCGGCUGCCUCAGCCAUGGCUGCUUGCGGGGGGAAUGCUACGGCCCUCAGCAAAACUUAUGGCGAGGGAGGGGCCUCAUCUAACGCCAUGGUUAAAGGUAGUGGGAGUGCUGCUAGCAAUGCUCAAAGUCUUGGCUCUGGGGAUGCCAAGUCGGCUGCAAUAUCUGAAUCCGGCGACGCAGCAGCAAAAUCUGCAGCCCUAGGGGGAGGCAGUGCAGUGAGCAAAGCUCUCGCAUCCAAAGGCGGAAACAGUGCAAGUGCGGCGAUGGCGAAAGGCGGAGGUAACGCAACGGCGGCAUCAACAACAAUGGGCGGCGGAAAUGCGCUCUCGCAGUCACAGGCAACUGAUGGGGGCCACGCUAUCUCAAUGAGUGAUGCCCAGGGGGGCGGAAAUGCUACCAGUUCAGCUGUUGCAGUGGGAGGAGGUAAUGCCCACGCGGUAUCUAAGGCCCAAAAAGAUGGCGUAGCAGUUGCACAGAGCAAAGCUGACGCUGGAGCUGACGCCCAGAGUGAUGCCCAAAGCGAAAAAGGUGGAAAUUCAUUUGCAACGGCUGUGGUUGGCGGCGAAGACGGUUCGUCAGACAAUCCUGAAGAUUUUGAAAAGAUGUGGGCCGCACAAAUGGGGGCACCACCAAUGAUGGCGAUGAAGAGAGGUGCGGUGACUCUUAAGGAUCGGACGAAUUUAGUGUAA